AUGAGCGCGGCCGCAGGAGCCGGCACCGCGGCGGGCACCGCCACCUCCGCCCUCUGCCUGCUCCUCUCGCUCACCGCCGUGGCCGUCUGCCUGCUGCUGGGCGCCAAGACGGCGGAGCUGCAGGGCCGCCUGGCCGCCCUGGAGGAGCGCGGAGCCGCCGGCCCCGGGCCGCUGCUGGACGCGCUGCAGCCCCGCCUGGAGCAGCUCCUCCGAGAGAAACUGGGUGAAGGACUAGCUAAGCUGCGGACAGCGAGAGAGGCUCCGUCAGACUGCAUGUGCCCCCCAGGCCCUCCGGGGAGGCGAGGGAAGCCUGGACGGCGCGGAGAGCCCGGACCUGCAGGGCAGUCAGGACGCGAUGGUUAUCCGGGGCCCCUUGGCUUGGAUGGCAAACCAGGACCUCCAGGACCAAAAGGGGAAAAGGGUGAAGCAGGGGACAUCGGCCCAAGGGGCGAUCAAGGUCGAGAAGGAGCCACUGGCCCCCCUGGUCCGCCAGGACCCCCAGGUGCCCGGGGGCCUCCUGGUGACACAGGAAAGGAUGGCCCAAGAGGACCUCCAGGCCCCCCUGGUUUUAAAGGCGACCCGGGAGAGGAUGGCCUCAUGGGCGCCAGGGGACCCCCAGGGCCAAAGGGUGAGCCUGGCAUGCAAGGGAAGAAGGGUGAUGAUGGCAUCCCAGGGGAACCAGGACUUACGGGCUCUAAGGGGGAAAAAGGAAGCACAGGUCCGAAGGGAGAGAAUGGCACGGACGGCGCGCCAGGACCCAAGGGUGAACCUGGCGAGAAGGGUGGAAUUGGCUCCAUCGGACCACGGGGUCCCCCUGGCCUGAAGGGGGAACAGGGCGACACUGUUGUGAUCGACUAUGAUGGCCGGAUCCUGGAUGCACUCAAGGGUUCGCCGGGUCCCCCGGGGCCGCCAGGCCCGCAAGGCGCUCCAGGCCCUAAGGGGGAGCUGGGCCUGCCGGGUCCACCUGGGCUAGAUGGCGAAAAGGGUCCCAAAGGAGCUAAGGGUGACCAAGGCAGCGCAGGGAUCGCGGGACAGAAAGGAGAGACGGGAGAAAUGGGCUUAUCGGGUCCACCGGGAGCAGAUGGGCCAAAAGGAGACAAAGGAGACACUGGAUCGCCAUGUUUGCAGAAUAACCAUAUCAUCCCGGAGCCAGGACCCCCCGGAUUGCCCGGCCCCAUGGGUCCUCCAGGAAUCCAGGGGCCUAAAGGCUUGGAUGGUGCCAAGGGAGAAAAGGGGGAUAGCGGCGAGAAGGGGGAGCACGGCGACCCGGGACCGGCUGGUCUCCCUGGUGCCCCCGGGCUCAUCGGCUUACCCGGUACCAAAGGAGAGAAGGGAAAGCCGGGGGAGCCAGGACUAGAUGGUUUCCCAGGACUCAGAGGAGAGAAAGGAGAGAAGAGUGAAAGAGGGGAGAAGGGUGAGCGAGGAAUCCCAGGGAGAAAAGGAGCCAAAGGGCAGAAGGGGGAGCCUGGCCCUCCCGGACUGGAUCAGCCCUGCCCCGUGGGACCAGAUGGACUGCCAGUAGCGGGAUGUUGGCAUAAGGUACAGUAAUAAUAAUAAUAAUAACAACAGAUCCUUGAGUAGGCCCUGGGUAGCCGGUUUGGUGCACGGUGAUUGUACGACUGCGUUUCCUUUAAGCAGCAGGCUCUGCACCUGGCAGGCAGCGUCACGCCUUGUGGGAGCAGGAUUUAACCUCAUUUCAUGUCGUGGUCCCCUCAGCAGCAGACUGGUAUCUGCACAAGUGCUAGGAGCACCACUCCAAAAACUUGCUAAGCCUGAAAAAUCGUUCUCGUAAAUGUUGUCAGUAACAAUGCACUCUGUCAGGCUCGCUCAGACGAGGCCUUUGUUAUGGCCCCAGCAGCUUUGGAGCCACUCGGGCAAAAACUCCACGGUCCUGCAAAAUGCGCCUGGGUAACGCACUGCGUCCUGGCUGAGACUGGAGAUGGGGUUACCUUUUGUCACAGUUACAAAACAUCUAUUUCCAAACUGAGGUUUUUUUGCCACUGCAAUUAUAAAUCACAACGACUGCGCUGCUGCAGUGCCUGACCAACACAUCUGGGUGCACGGGGUCAGGUAAUUCCUGACGGCUCGUGCCUCGAACAGCCAGGGGGUGUACGGGAGGGGUGGCCAGUGCCAAAGGCCGCCCGGGAGAACGAGGAGAGACGUCUCCCCCCAGACAAGCAUCUGAGCCAGACUUACAUGAGGGUGCUGAAAGCUUGUCCUCCAGCAAGGCUGUGACGCUGAAGCUGAGCGGGAUUACUAACCCAGUUUCAAAUGUGGUACGCGGACACACAUCAAUUAAUAGCAGGCAUGUCACUAACUGGCUGCAACCCUGUUAGAAUGUAAGCACGCUCUUAGCAUAUAACAGCUUUUAAUUUUGUGGUAAGUUGUUUGGAUGUACUGUUAAUGUUCAGAGAAAUCUGACCAUCAACCCUUACAUUAACAGGAAGAUUAGUAGUGGAGUGUUUCUCUUGAUCAAAAUGUUUGUCUGUGUUCUUUUUCAGUGAUCUCUAAGCAUGAAACACAGUGUGUAAAUAAUGUGAUAUAUUUUGAUCUUUUUAAUUUUUGUAUAAAAAAAGGAAAAAAAAAACCUUCAACAGUAAUAUAUUGACCUUUUUUUAUACUGGAUUCUGCCAUUUAUGGACUUUGAAAAUACUGUAAAGCUCCCAAACCCGUCAGAUACGCAUGGUAACACCGAGAUGUGAUAAAGGUACCGAUGACCCUGGCUGGGAGUGAGCAGUGCUCACCGCUAACGCUGCUGCGUGAACUAACAGCACGGAGACGGCGUGUUGCCUCGUGUGCCUUACCGCACGAUGCAGGGACGAGUCCCUGCCCUAAUCUGGCUCUCAACUCUGUAUUUGCAUUGUACGUGCGCACUACAAGAGUGAAAAAAGCUGGCUGAAAACAAAAAAGAAAAAAAGGACGCAGCCCUAGGUAUGGAAGCAGCUGCUGUAUGCCAUCUGGUCAAACAAAAAGACUUCAAACUGGCAGAGGAAACAAAGCCAAGCUCCCUUCGUCGCUACCUGCCCUUGUGAUGGAACUAGCGAGCCUCUGGCGAAAUGCAACAAGCUGGACUGCCUGCGGAUCUCUGUUCCUAUCAAGGAAAGCUUUGAUCUCAAGAGGGAACGCCUCUGGGUCCUGCUCUGUGGCUCAAGACGUGCAAGCACUUUGUUACUGUAGAUCCCACCGUGGAAACCUCCACUGCAAAAUUUCCAACAGAGCAACACGCUAAAACUGCCAGUCCAGAGCUGCGCCACAGGGAGGGCUCUGGUGAGGUCUUUUCUUCAGCAACAGAGCCCAGACUGUUGCUACUGGGCUUCCCAAAUCUCGGAGUUUGGGGCAUUUGUCUUGGUUUGUAGGGUUCAUUUGCAUUUGAUUUUCUUGGGUUUAUGUGGUUUGAUUGUGAACUCUGUAGCUCUGCGCAUUCUUCACCCUCCUUUCAUUCCCCUUUUCUGGUCUCUUUCUUCUAAUUAUCUUAUCUCAGGCACAUCCCAUACAGAGCAAGGUAGUGAAUAAAAUGAUGGUUAUGAUUUUUCUCUGCAUAUUGCCUUAGUGACAGAAAUUUUUUUAAAAAUUGCCAACAUCUUUACCAGCUAUGUUUUUAAAGAUUUGGGGGAAAAAAACAAGGAUUAUGCAGUAGAGAGCCAUAAAAAAUAUUUCAGGGAGGAAGAAAAUGGCUUACAGACAAGUCUGUUCAGCUUACAAUGGAGAUUGAGGCAAUCGGAUUCCUUUAGAGGGAGGAGAUACUUUAUAGAAACAAGUUCAUCCCAUGGCUGGAAGCUGAAGCUACGUAAAAUCACAUAAAAUAGGCCAUGGCUUUUUAAUGGUGAGGCUGGCUAAUCCUAACCAGCCCAGUGAUGGAAUCCCCAUCACUUUAAUGCCUUUUUAAUUUCACAGAUCGUUUCUGGAGGAAAUACUUGAGCCCAAUACAAGUCGCUAGCCUGUGUGUAGGAGUCUGAGGUGAAAUUAAGAGCCUGACUGUGAUCAAGCCAGAUGAUACAAGGGCUCUUUGUGGCCUUGAAUUUAAGAGAACAGAAGGGAAUCAUUUUUGGUGUAUUGAGUAAAUCUGAACCCUGUCACAUCCUUGUUCCGCUGCAUCUCUGAGGGCAGCGGUGCCAGAGGGGACUCACGGGAGGGGAUGCGGUUAUCGGCCCCAGGGGAACCUGCCAGCUUGGUAGAUGUGGACACACAAGAUUUACGUUUGUAGGCAUUAAACUGCUGUUACC